GCUGCGAGCGGGGCUACGUAAUUCUCUGGCAAAGCAGAAGUCAAUUCGACCUUUGACGAUUGACGGUAUUGGAUUGCUUGCUCAGGGUCAGGAUCAUUGUUAUUCAUACUGUUCGCUUUGGCUCUUUUGAGUAGAAAGAAAAAAGUCGGUCUUUGCCUGUCAUUGGUCUUAUCGCCUCAUCGAACAACCGCUGAUACAGAGAACGGCAGCUUUUAACACCCAUCCACCAUGUCGUCGCAACCUCUUCUUCAGACAGUCCCGGGCAAAAGAAUCGCUCUCCCCACCCGCGUCGAGCCCAAAGUCUUCUUCGCCAACGAACGAACCUUCCUCUCAUGGCUCAACUUCACCGUCAUCCUCGGCGGUCUCGCCAUCGGUCUACUCAACUUCGGUGAUCGCGUCGGCCGCAUCUCCGCCGGUCUGUUCACUAUCAUCGCCAUGGCAGCCAUGGUUUAUGCAUUAUUCACUUUCCACUGGCGGGCACAGAGUAUACGGAAACGGGGGCAGAGUGGAUUCGACGACCGAUUUGGUCCCUCGUUGCUUGCGGUUGCGCUGUUGGCUGCUGUUAUUGUCAAUUUUGUUUUGAGGAUUCGUGAGGCGAAUAGAGCUUAGUCACCCAGCUUCGGGUAUGGCGGAUUUCCGGGCAGUUUAUAUCGAAUGUGUACAUGUACAGAAGUCAAAGGGCAAGGUCGAGACAGUGUACAAAAGUCAAGCAGGAGUUUGUUGGUUCGAUUUGAGUGCAAAUUUGCUAGAUGCUAUUUCUUGACUGGAUAUUCAUAUCUGUUUAUCUGUCUAUUUUUUUAUUUUUAUUUUUUUUUCCUUUUGUACAGGUGACGUCGUUUUGUGGAUAGUCAGCUCAGAUGUUAUAGCACCAUAAAUGGUUACGAUCACAUGAUCCUUUCAA